AGAGGCUUCCCCCACCCAGACGAGGAGGAGACUUUCUUCCGGCCCCGGGUGGGCGCCGGUUGGAUUCCCGGUGCGCUCCGGAGCCGUGUCCCGGGAGCACCGCUCUCCCGGACGCCGGCGCCGGAAGCUCGUACCGUGGCCGCGCCGGAAGAGCGCCGGUCCGGGCGCGAGGCCCGUGCGGGGCCAUGAACGGGACCGCGAACCCGCUGCUGGACCGCGAGGAACACUGCCUGCGGCUCGGGGAGAGCUUCGAAAAGCGACCGCGAGCCUCCUUCCACACCAUUCGCUAUGAUUUUAAGCCAGCAUCUAUAGAUACCUCCUGUGAAGGAGAGCUUCAGGUUGGCAAAGGAGAUGAAGUCACAAUUACGCUGCCACAUAUCCCUGGAUCCACACCACCAAUGACUGUGUUCAAGGGCAACAAACGGCCUUAUCAGAAGGACUGUGUGCUUAUUAUUAAUCAUGACACUGGUGAAUAUGUGCUGGAAAAACUCAGUAGCAGCAUUCAGGUCAAGAAAACAAGGGCUGAGGGGAGCAGUAAAAUCCAAGCCCGAAUGGAACAGCAGCCCACUCGUCCCCCACAGCCAUCACAGCCCCCACCCCCUCCACCACCUAUGCCGUUCAGAGCUCCAACGAAGCCUCCAGUUGGACCCAAAACUUCUCCCUUAAAAGAUAACCCUUCACCUGAACCUCAGCUGGAUGACAUCAAAAGAGAGCUGAGGGCUGAAGUUGACAUUAUUGAACAGAUGAGCAGCAGCAGUGGGAGCAGCUCCUCAGACUCUGAGAGCUCCUCAGGAAGCGAUGACGACAGCUCCAGCAGCGGAGGUGAGGACAACGGCCCUGCAUCUCCUCCACAGCCUUCUCACCAGCAGCCCUACAACAGCAGGCCAGCCAUGGCCAACGGAAUCAGCCGGCCACAAGGAAGCAACCAGCUCAUGAACACCCUCAGAAUUGACUUACAGUUGAGUGAAUCUGGGAGUGACAGUGAUGACUAGAGCUGGAUCUUUUCACAUCAACUUUUUGGUGCACAGAUAUGCUGCAAGACCAGGCCACUUUGCGUGGAAUCCAUUGGCAAGAGGAAAAUGUUGUGGAUCGGUGACUGUAGUAGUAAUUUGAGGCUCUGCAGCUCCCAGAUAUUCAAGUCUUUAACUUAAUGGUGAUGGGUGAUUUUCUCGUGUAAUUUUUGAACAAUCUCAUGUUUCAAGGUUUAAGUAGGUCUGUAGAAGAACUAACAGAAUCAUAUUUCUAUUUGGUUAACAUUGUUAAUGGAAAAUGGGCAAAUGUACCCUGGUCUAGGUUACUCAAAGGCCAUAUCUUCACCAGGCUAGUGAUUCUGUUUUAAACCCCAGCAGCCACCAGUUUGGCCAAGUGGUCUGCACUAGUGAAAUGAGAAACAGUCUUUGAGGGGUAGGAGAGAAGGGGAAAUCUCAAACUGCCACAUAGUAGUAGUUAAAACCACUUGAAAUUGUGGGGAAAAGUGGUAAGGAAGUUUUGUCUGACCCAGCCUGACAAGCCUGUGUAGAAAUGGACUUCAAGGGGAGUUCUCAAGUGUCAGCUGGGCGGGACCCUGGAGCCCUAGCAGUUUAACUCCCUCAUUUACAAGUAAGGAAAGGGAAGCACACAGCUGGCUUAGCCUCCUGCCCCCAGUCCCGGCUUUCCCCACUGCUCCCUCCCUUGAGCCUCACUUAUUGGAACCAGAGAUUCUUAUAGAUGAGACAGAUAUACAUAGGAACUUUUAUUGGAUUCGAAAAGACACAAGUAUUGGGUACUUCUAGCUCAAAUUCAGAUCCAGACAGUCCCUAAAUACAGGAGGCUGGGCUAGCAGAUUAAAUCAGCAGCCACUAUGCUGACACACAUGAACCAGUUAAGUCAGGGCUUUUAGUUCCAUGUAGAUCCAUAGUAAGUGUUCUUCAUUCAGUGGAUUUUAGUGGGGAAGGCAGGAGUGGAAGAGAGGUGUUGUGAAGCAACCUUUCUAAACAGGCGAACCAGCAGCGGAUUUUCAGAAACCAGAACCUAAACAGGAGUUCUGCAGUAUGAAAUAAGCACAUUCUUUGAUAAGGUGUUUCUGUUCGUGCUUCUGUACCACUGUUUGUGCCUGACUCCCAGACUGAUUUGUAGUUUUUAUAUACAGGUGGAAGAAAGUCACAAGGUUGCCUUCUGCAGUGUGCAGUUUCCAGAUGAAUCCAUUGUUGCAGGAAAUUGGUCACUAGUAAAUGUUUCAUACUGAGUGAGUGUAUGAUAAAUUUUCCCAUAAUUAGUUUGGAGUGUCCCAUUUCUGUAAUUUGAAUGAAUAUGUCCUGAGAAAUUUCCACCUACUUUGGUUUAGCGGGUAUCAGUCACAUUAAGUAUGAUUUUCCUUCCUGUGGUGCCUCCACUCAGAUGGCCUCUCUUUCCCCAACUAGUGGAGGGGCUCAAUCUGGACCUAGAAGGGAAUUAGAGGAUCCCAAGUGGUGGCUUUGGUUAGAGGUGAGCCUUAUAGUGUGACCUGUUUUAACUGCAUAGUGACCCAGGUGAGCUAGAGAUGUGGAGCGCAGCCACUGUCCACCAGCACGCUCACACCACUACCAUGUGUAGGUAAUAGGUACACACUCGUACCUGUGGUGGAUGCGCAGCCCACCAGAAGGUGUCAGUGGAUUUAAUGGCAUAUAGGAAUUUAUGUAUAAUGAAUUGACAAUUGCUUUUUAUUUCCUUAGUAAUGACAGCUCAGGGAGGGUAAAGUCAUGAUUAGGAGACAUGAAUUGUUACUGGAUGUGGGAAUGUUUCACUGCUCUUAACUUGCUCAAGCUGGGGCAGGUUUCAGGAACUUGAACUAAAAAUAUUUAUUGAAGCCUUUUUUUUUUCUCCUCCCAUAGUCUUCACAUUGACAGAACUGUGGUUUUGGCAUGCCGGGUAAAGAUGUUUAUUUCUGUAGGAAGUGUUUGCAUGUGGAACUGGGUUUGGCGAGUCAAGCUCCCUGAGCUUUCGACUCUCCUGUUAUCCAUCCUCCCAACAUGCACCGUCGCCCUUUAGCUUGGCUCCAGUUUGGCGCUCUGCACAAAGCCUUUGGUGGUUCCCUCCCCCACCCUCCAGCUUUACCCACUGCAAUAAGGAAUCUUUCCUUUUUGGAAACCAAGAAUUUGGCCUUAAGACUGCUUCUCACGAGUACCCUCAUGCCAGCCAGACUGGCCAUGUUCUUCCUGCCUCUGUGCCUUCUCAGUCUCUCCUCUUCCCCAGACCUCACUCCUUGGGUGCCAUCUCCUGCAGGUGCCAUCUUCACCGCCCCUUCCUCUUUUCAACCGACUGGAGUGCUGUUUGUCCAUACUGACCUCCUCCUUGUUUGAGCUCUGGUUAGUAUGAACUUAAAAGCAGGGACCGUUAUUCUCACCUCCAUCCUCUGGGAUGUCCACAGGAAUAUACAUUCACAUGCUUAUAGCUGGUGGGGAAGAGGCGGAGAGAACCAGCCAGUAGAGUAGAGAGGGUAGACAUAGAGAAAACAUUCCAGGCAUUUGGAGACAGCUGAAAGGUAUCCAUGCUGAUAUUCAUAACUUUGAAGUUUCUAACUGAAUUGUUAAAAUGACCUUUCCUUUGUUCUAUGUCUACCAUACUGUGGGUCAUUAGGCGAGGUGUAAAGACUUAAGUCCGAAUUAUCUGAGGAACCAUGGCAAGCCACAGUAAAGACAUGAUUUGGAAAAACUUAAUACAAAGAAACUAGAGAUUUGUAACGAUGCCACUCAUUAAUCAUUUUAUUUCUGUAGCAGGAUCAUUCUUUUUAUGUGUGGUAUUAUAUGUAUGUGCUUCAGUAGUGGGAAAACUUGAAAAUUCCAAAAUCCUUACUUCCCUAUUUGAGAGGCUGGUUAAGUGGGGUAUGUGUGUGUGUGUGUGUGUGUGAUGUAUUUAUUACAUUAUUCUGAAAGAGUAAUACUAUGUUAUGUGGGUAUAUAUUAAGUCAGCCAAACUGGACGUUUCCAUUUGGCAAGGAAGGUAGGAUUUCUGAAACUCAGGCCUUAACCAGUAGGUUCGAAGACAAGACCAAUUGAAGCUUUAUGAAAUGUUUUUGUUGCUCCUGUUAUUUCUGUCUUGGGUUCAUUGUCUCAUUCUUUAAUGAUUUUUAAAAUUUUGUGCUUAAAAGUUUAUUUUGC